GGAGGCGGGGCCUGCGCCAGGGUCACGUGAUACCGCUGCUUUGUAGCUCGAGCGACUGGAACAGAACCGAAUCACCGCACACAAACACGCUCCGCUUACCGGCCCAGCGCGAUCUUCCGCCUCCCGCGACGCGUUCAGCAGCGGCAGCAUCAUGUCGGCGGUGCAGCGGAUGAAAGUAGCAAACGAGAAACACAGCAAGACGAUCACACAGAGAGGACACGUGCAGAAAACCACGCGUGUGGUGAAUGAGGAGAAGUCUCCGGUGGGUCCGUGGCUCCUCGCACUCUUUGUGUUUGUGGUCUGUGGCUCAGCCAUCUUCCAGAUCAUCCAGAGCAUCCGGCAGGGAAUGUGAGCCGCUCGCGCUGAUCUUCCAUGGAGACGCUUUCUUCUUCGAUUAAUCUGUUUGUUUUUGUUUACAGCUGAUUUCAGCUCUGCGUGUGUGUGUGUGUGUGUGUGUGUGUGAGGAUUUUUUGACUGCUCCUCAGGAUGCUCUGAUUUUAGUUUUUACUUGUUAAGUUUCGUGUCGUUCUGAAGUAAACAACCGCUGUGUUUCCAUCCAAAGUGGCGAAUUUAUCUUGUGCGCUAAAUUGGAAAGUCGCAUAAAACAUUCGCAAAUAAAGCAGCGUUUCCUUCUAAUGUGUUCGAGAGAACAAAAGCGUCACGUACGGGGAAAUUGCAGCAAAAUAUCAGUAAUAAAAAAAAUUCUGUAAUCCGGCUAUUUGUUCGAAACGCAAAAAAUGCUGUGACGCGAUUGGUCCGCUGGUUCGUCUGGUUAUCCAGUGCUCGGGGGAUUUAUUCAGUGAAUGUGUUUCCAUCAUAGUUUAUGCUUAUUGGAGUUUUAUUUAUAGUUAUAUAUUAUCGGAUACAACAUUCAUACACCUCAAUUGAGAGCAUGCUUUUCUCUUUUGAUGCGCAUUUUUGGAAUUUAUGUUUCGCGUUUCGGCAUUUCCAUCCAGCAUUACAAUUUUUUUUAAAAUGCGAUAUCCCAAAAUGUGCAUAACAAUAGGUGUAAGGAAACAGCUAUUUAUGAGAUUUUGUAUGAACUCAGAGAAAUGUGUGUGUUCAGACAUCAGUAGCCAUAUGAAUCUGCACCUCUCACAGGAAACUGAUGCUCUGGAAUAAUGAUUUUAUACAAAUAAAAGAUAUUUUCUCUAUCGGCACUGUGUUUUACUUGUUUGUUUGUUUUUUUAAAUACUGUGGUUUUCUAUGAAGUAAAGUAUAUUUCCAAAAG